AUGGCAACAAUUUGGAUCAAGUACCUUAUAAUUACGCUAGUGGUUGCAAUAGCUGCUUGCAAACAAGGACAUAUGGCUUAUUUUAGAGCUUCUCCAACCUUGAAUUUGUACAGUCUAGUUGAAAAAUAUGAGAGAAAUAAUAAGCUUGCCAUGCCUUUAAUUCAAGCAAUGAAGCUUAUAAGCGAAAACUUUUUGGAUUACAAUAUUAAUGUUACAAACAUUGUUAAUCUCCUAAACAUCAUUUUGGAUUUGAUUCUAAAAAUAUUCAAUUGUGAUUACCUGAGCUGAAUAACUCCCGAAAUCAUUAUUAUGAGAGUUUUCUACUGGUUCAGAAACUUGAGCAGAGAAGUCAUAACCGAGAUGUUCUAUGCAUAUAAAGAGUUAUUUGCCUUAUAUCUUAAGAAAGAACUUUGCAUUAUUACCAAGAUUAUUGAAGAUAAAGGAAUAGAGACUUUUACACAGAGUUCAGACUGCAUUCGUAUGAGAAUUGGGCAAUACUACAUGCAAACUUUUGUUGGUGGCAAUACUUCUGAGUGUUCAGAGUUCGAUCAGAUUAUCCAGAGUUUCUCAGAACAGCAAGUUGACGAAACAAGAAAUUUCUUUUACUUAGGAUUUCUCAUACUAGCCAUUAUCUUCCUUUGUUUUCUAAAUAAAUUAAUCUUCAAACGAAUAAUCCAAGAAUACGGAACCUACAAAGGCCUAAAAUCGUUUGCUAAGAAAAAUUCUUCAAGUUCAUCUGCCAGAUACAAUUCCAAUGAUUCCUCCAGUGGUGUUCAAUUCUCACUUCAACUAUCUGGUCUUUUUGAUAGUGAUCCCACAAUCUAUUAUCCAGAUAAGUAAUUUGUUUAAAACUGACUAAAACUCUC